UAUAAUGGUAAACGAUUUAUCGGAGGCACGAAGUUGUCCUUUUUAAUCCGUGAACCUUAAAGACUGUCAAUACAUUAACAAAGAAUUUUUUCUGUUGAUCGUGUAUUCGGGUAAUUUUGAAAUCUAGCUUGUUAGCAUAGUCUAUCAUUACGCGGGAGAUAUCCGUAAGGCAUGGAGUUUAAAACACUCGCUUUCUGUGUGAUUAUUUUCCUUGUCGGUGAGAUUGCUGCAUCUUCUCACCUAGAAUGCCCGGAUACGGUUCCCGCCACGGGAUCGAACGGCUCCCUGCCGACCUGUACCGAUGACACUCAGUGCUCCACAGCUGGGGACAAGUGCUGCACAGUUACCUCCGGGGGGUCGGGGAAGGUCUGCAUAAAAGCAGAACGAGAUGACGACGAUGAUGACUGUGACAAGAAAUCCAACAGGAAGGACAAGGACGACUGUCACCGGAAGAAGCGUCACUCGAUGAUCGUCAAAAUCGUCAUCCUUGUCGUCGUCCUGACUGUCGUCGGCAUCGUCGUCGGCUGCAUAAUUCGCGUGAAAUGCUGCAAGAAGAAGAUUAGCGACUCUCGCACUGAGCUGAAUCCCGAGAAGAACACUCACUCCCUGGGCCGGGAUUACACCCCGUCCAUUGGUGGGAGGACAAAGGAGCAGGCCUGGUUCCCAGUUGCCAGCCCACCCCCCAUCAGCAACGCCCCACCGGAGUACACAGCCAAAUAUUGACCCAUUUAACCAAAACUGAUAUUAAAUUUGACUUUAUUUCAUGUACGUUUUUUUAAGAGAAUACUAUAUUCCCGUGGACGGAAAGGGAAAAAAAGACCAAUAGAAAAUUUGAUUAAAAAAAUAAACAAACAUUGAUGAACAAAA